UUGUGAACAGUGCGCGGGACUAUCAGACGUCGGAACUCUAAGCGGUAAAAUGUUCGCGUCGAGCGUGGCGGGAAAUCGCAUGUGAACAAGAAAACAAUCGCGUCUCGCUGCAGCCACAUAAAACAAGCGCACCGCGUGCUUUGCGUGAUCGAGACAUUUUGCACGAAUAUAUCGGUGAUUCGUAGCGGGAAACGUGCUUUGAAGUUGCCAAACUCGAAACGCCGGAAAACUUUAGCGACAAUUCGCAUAUUUCGCGCUUAGAAAACCCAACCGAUUGCUGCCAAAAAAAAAAACACAUAUCAAUACCACCUCAAAAGCAAAUCGCAUUUAUUACACCAUAAGCAAUUUUUCGCCACUCACAGUUGCUGAGUUUGGCGCUUCAAGCAAACCAAAAAAUAAAUAAAAAAUAUUAGAAAAGAGUGAGCGGCGUAUUUUCCUCAAUUUUUUUGUGCCAGAUAAUCGCAAUACACUCCAUCAUAUUCACUGAGUGUGCGCGCGGGGUUGGGUUGAUAGAUGGGCUCAAUGUGUUGAAAUUAAAUGUCACUCAUACGCCACGGGCGCCGGCUGCUGCGCUGUUAUGUAUGAAAGCACCCCCCGCCCCCCCACUACAGUGUGUGUUUGUGUGUGUGUAAGUGUGUUUGCACGUCAGAAAGGAUUUUGUGCUGUGAUACCUUGAGUGGAGCAAAAAGUGAAAUAGUAAAUGCAACAGCAAACACAACAACAACCAACAGCAGAAGUUGUCGAAACGACAAAAUAGAAAAGUGCGAUGCCACACAAAAGCGGCAGUGAAAGGAAGCGCAAAAAAAUAAAAUCAAAAUAAACAACCGUACGGCACACGUGUGCCUGUUCGUUCGUUCGUUCGUUCGUUCACGCUAGUGCGGAUUGGCGUAUGUGUUAGUGUGCGCGUUAGUGUUUUCGCGUGUUCGUGUGCGCUUUUGCGUUUGCGGUGAAUUCGCGUCGUCGGUGCAAUCGCGUGCUUGAAAUCGCACAAUUCGAUAUUUCCGCUUGCUUCUCAACGGAGAAAGCUGUGAGUUUAGCAAAGAAGUAAUAGCCAUAAAGGAUAACACUUGGUAGUGGUCCUUUAUUCCCACAGACAGGCGAUUGUGUUUCUCCACGCCAUUUCGGUAAUCGAAACUCGCCCCCGUAAAGACGUAAAUAGUGUGCGCCUAGUGUAUACGGGUGUAUGUAUGCAAGUGGACUAACUAAAUCGAGCGUAAGUCAAACAAAUUGUUGGUAUUAUUAUAAUUAGAGCUGAUUAAGAUCCUGGACGAGAGGAUAAGCGGUCGUGAUUUCGCUGUGUGACGGAAGUGUUGAAAAGAAAACGCGAAAACAAAUAACCGAUUGCGUAUCUGAAACUCAUUUUGACAGCAGGCAAGCAUAAGUGCGCAACAAGCGGCGGGGAGAGUAGAUGUUUAUCGACAAUUUUAAGCGGUGGCCGGAAGGGUGAUUACACAACUCAUUAAAUUCGUUUCGGCUGUGAAUUGUUUGCACUCGCCACCUGUCGUUGUUGGUUCGCUGCUACUAUCUGUCGUGCAGAGGUGGUGGAGUGGUGUAAAUACCGUCGACGCGUUAAAGGCUCGCAUCGUGUUGACUGUGGUGAAAUAAUUAAUUAAUGAGUGAGUGGACAUGCUUAAUGUGAGCAACGGGUGUUGGAAGUGCCUUUAAAGAGGUAGACAAAUUCGCCGGCAGCUAGCGAAUGUUUUUUGCCUGAGCCACGCAUUAAUAAUAGCUCCGCCACGUGGCAAGCGACACCACAGAGACGGAGACGGAGAAGAGCGCAGGGAAAAGUGGACGAGAAUAUGGCAACGGCUGUGGUCAGUUGGAGCAAAUGUGGAAUGACAGAGAUAUAAAUCAAAUUUAGUCAUUUCCAGUUGCCGCGCAGUAAACGUAUUUAAAUCAGAGAGGGCAGUUAAGGACACACCAGUGGCACGGUAGUUACACAUACCGCAGCAUUAAGCAGCAGACUAACACCAGCAUUGGCAGCAUGUCCAGCCAUUCGGGCACAAUUGGCCGCAAGCGCGGGGGCAGUGCCAGCGAGUACUACUUCGGCGGCGGCGGCGGCGACCAGAUGCGACGUCAGCGCUCGGCCGAAUGGCACAGCCACCAUGGCUACAGCAGUAGCGAGGAUGAGUACCAGAACACCGUUCAGUCGUCGGCCUUCGAUACGCAGCUUUUGGCACAGCUGUUGUUGCAGAGUCAGCAAUUGGCAAACUUAGACCGCUAUGGCUCGGAUUGUGAAAACCCAGCUGUUCCUACAUCUCUGCUUAAUGAGUAUCCGAGCGCAUUGCGAGACCACAGCUCCACUUCAGCAUUCCACCUGCAAAUGCAACAGCAAAACACCGGGCUCUGCUCGCCCAUAAAACAACAGACUGUUCUCGCUGCCACAACGGCGGCGGCACAAAUCACUGCCACCAAUAAGUAUCAGACGAAUCAGCCGUCUCCGAACGCGGCACUCCUGCCAAACUGCACCAAUACGACGCGCAGCACAAAUCCCUUUCUCAACGCAAAAUAUGAUUCCCAGUCCAACUCAGACUCGAUGAGCGACCGACUGUCGUACUCCGGUAGCGCAGCAAUGUUGGAUCGUUUACAAGUGGUUGUGGAAGGCGCAGCAGCUCUUACCGCCAGCAGCAGUGGCGCUGGUGGUCUAAGUGCACUGAAUUCCUCCUUUUUAUUGCCCACCAACUCGACCGCUAGCAGCCUCAAUCCGAGCGCCCGCGACAGCAUAAGUGGCGCCGCGGCGCGCACUCCACGCACGAAAAGCGGACGUUCGGCGAAUCGCGGGAACAGUAGAGGUAGCGGCGCCACUGGCGGAAUGACCUCCUCAAGUAGCGGUGCCUCUUCGAACAGCAACGCCACCUCCUCGGCAGCGGCGGCUGGUGCUGUGGCAGCAGCCAUUGCCAGUCGUAGUGAGCGGGAAAAGCUAAAAUUGCAGCAGAUUCAAAAAGAGCUGCGGGAGUACGCGCAAUCUACAGCGGAAAGCUCGGUUGUUAUGGAUUUAGACGAGUUCACCGCUUCCGGCGGUGAGUCUGAACCACCACCAGAGCCAGCUCCACCGGAAAUUCCACCACGAGCACAGUCGCUUUUGAUGUCGCUGCGAAAGCAUUCAGAUUAUAAGCUCAAGUACGAGGACAAAGGCGACCAAAAGCACGAAGAGUUCAUACCAACAAAUCAGCUGCACCAACAGCAACCAUUGCAGAAGGAAUUUUUAAUUACCGAUACGCUGCGCUCUAAUGAAAACCAGUCCAGUGACUCGCAGAGCCAAGCAGGAUUGGGUCCAAUGCCGGGCGGGCAUCAACAACAGAUGGCGCAAAGUAUGUCAACAGGCAACAAUACGCUGGGUCACGGCGGCAUCGACCGGGGCGGCGGAGUGCCCGGUGGUGGCGGUGGGCCAGGCAUGAAUGGACCGGGGGGACCGCAUUGUCAGAUGAGCGGCUCACAGCCGUUGGUAAUGCCCGGGUUCCCGUUGCGUAACUCACACUCAGCGCAUACACCGCACUACUCGCCCUAUUCGCCAUCCAGGUUUCACAUAGAUAAGCGCUGCCAGCACCGAUGUUCCUGGAAAUGUUUGAGUAUCGCCUUAAUACUAGUAACAGUCGUCCUAAGCGCCAUGUUGACCUACUUCGCAGCUGUCAGUUCGAUGAAGCCCAACAUGGACUCAACAAAUUGCAUCCUAGUCCAAGAUGUAAAGUCGCAACCACACGACUUGCAUGGCAACGUGAAAUCCAGUGGAAUCAGCGCCAGUGGCGGCCAAUUGCCAACCGCCUACCCCACAGAGGAGUCAAUACAAACGAGCACAUCGGACCACAGUGGAACCAGUAGUGGCUAUGGAGGCAUGCAGAACUCGGCGCCGUCGCUGCAGCUUCAACAGCAGCAACAAUUGCUGCUGCAGCAACAGCAGCCAAAUGCCAUCAAUCAUCAACAGACAUUGGCCGGCGUCCCACAAGAUGCCACCUCCCAUCUGCAGGACCAAUCGUACACGGCACAGCAACAACAGUCCUCACAGCAUCAACAGCAGCUGUUGAAAUGGCCGCAGGUGGUGGAGUUGAAGGACUUCAAUGAAUUCUACCACGCCAACAUACCACCCUAUCAGUUCUGGAACCUCGAAUUUCGCAACAAGCACCCGGCCUUCAUACGCUUCAAUUUCACGCUGCCGUGGGGCGCCAGCUUUGCGGUCUAUUCGCGCCGCAACGUAGCACCUUCUGUUACGCAGCACGAUUUCGUCGAGUUCAUCAAGGGCGGUCGGCUGGAUAGUCACCUGCGGCACAAACGCGCCGCGCAAUGGCGGAAUGAAAGCGUUCAAGGCUUCCGUAUGCAGUUUGGACUGUGGGCCGAACGGUGUUUGUGAGUCGAGCAAAUGCCGCUGUAAUCCCGGCUGGACUGGUAAUCUCUGCGAUCAGCUGCCCUGCGACGCCAGAUGUUCGGAGCAUGGACAGUGUAAAAACGGAACCUGCGUGUGCUCGCAAGGCUGGAAUGGACGGCAUUGUACGCUGCCUGGAUGUGAGAAUGGCUGCUCGCGUCAUGGCCAAUGUACACUGGAAAAUGGCGAAUAUCGCUGCGACUGCAUUGAAGGAUGGGCCGGAUCUGAUUGCUCGAUUGCGCUGGAAAUGAACUGCAAGGACAACAUUGAUAACGACGGCGACGGAAUGACGGAUUGUUCGGACAGCGAGUGCUGCUCGCACCCCGCCUGCGCGGAGCAUAUCAUGUGCCUGUCUUCCAACGACCCUGUGGAGGUGCUGCUGCGCAAGCAGCCACCCUCCGUGACCGCAUCCUUCUAUCAGCGCGUCAAAUUUCUGAUUGAGGAGAACUCGGUGCAGUCGUACGCACACAUGGACGAAUACAGUGAAAAGUGAGUACUACCGUUCACACAUACACCCACACCCCAACACCCCACUAUGUUAGCUAGGCUCUAGUUGGACUUUUUCUCGCUUAGCUCUUAAGAACUUUGUAGACAGGAAAUGCAUUUAAAAAAAAUAUGUACUUAGUUUCAUCUACAUAAAAUUCUCUAUAAAAAAAUCAUUACCAUACGACCUAGCUCACAUUUGCACCCCAAACUCUUUAACGCGAGCAGGAGUUUAGAGUCAAUCUAAGUUUCGAACAUUAAACAUUUGCUAACAAAAAAAAAA